AUGGGACGCGAGGAGAGGCAGGCUCUCAUUCAUGAAGGAUCGGGCUCAGCUGUGAUGUCUGCCUACGUCGAGGUCGUCUUCGACAACUCUGAUGGCCGCUUCCCUACUGGUAAUGACGAGCUUAUCUUGCGCCGAACUAUUGGGCUCAAGAAGGACGAGUAUUCGCUUGAUCGCAAAAUCGCGACUAAGCAGGAUGUCAUGCAACUCCUUGAGAAUGCCGGCUUUUCGCGAGCCAACCCUUACUAUAUCGUCCCACAAGGUCGCAUCACGCGUCUGACCAAUAUGAAGGACUCUGAACGCCUCGAUGUCCUGAAGAGCGUUGCUGGAACACAACAAUUUGUUGCCAAAAAGGAAGAAUCCCAGAAAAUCAUGAGCGAAACAAACAAUAAGCUUGCUGCCAUCGACCAGACAUUUGAGCAGAUCCAUGAGCGGCUUGCUGAACUCGAGGAAGAACAAGACGAGCUGCGCAACUUCCAAGAUCAGGACCGCGAGAAGCGCGCUUUGGAGUACACUCUCUUCCACCGAGAACAAGAGGAGAUCAACAAAGCCUUGGCUGGACUGGAUGAUAGAAGAGCUGGAGGCAUCGAUGAUGCUGAUGAAAACCGCGAACGAUAUGCGGAAGGCGAGGAGGAAUUGGUCGGAAUUACUCAACAAAUCCAAUUGUUAAAUCAACAAAUCCAUGCCGCACGGCUCGAGAAGAGACAAUACGAAGACGAAAAGCGCGAGAAGGCGAAGUCACGGGCCCAGGUCGAGCUCGAAGAGCGGAACAUGUCUCAUGGACAAGCUGCCAGCCAGCGUUCCAAAGAAAUUCGCGACAAAGAACUCCAGAAUGUGCGAGCUCAAAUUCGACAGAUUGAAAAAGAGCUCAAGAGCGUGAUUCCUCAAUUUGAGGCACAACUGGCAAAAGAAUCUUCCGUCAAAUCUCGGUUAGAUGACGCCGAGGCAAAUUUGCAACGCCUGUAUUCCAAGCAAGGCAGAACCUCGAGAUUUAAAACCAAGAAGGACCGCGACAGCUGGCUGCGGACUCAGAUCGAUGAGGCCUUUGAAUCCCUGUCUCGCUUCAAGGCCACUCGCAUGCAAACCUCAGAAGGCAUCGUCAAUGACCAGAAACUAAUCUCGCAGCUGGAGAAGGAGAUUCAAGAACUUCAAGGGCAGGUUGGUGGCCCAGACGAAUCGAUUGAUCGUGAGAUACAGGCGGCGAAUGAACGAAAGGAGGCACUGAUGGAUGAAAGGAAGCUCUUGUGGCGAAGAGAGGCACAAUUAGACUCGGAAUAUGCCGCAGCACAAGAUGACCUUAGAAAAGCAGAGCGAAAUUUGUCCCAUAUGAUGGACGGCAAUACCAGUCGAGGCUUGGAGGCGAUUCGACGGAUCAAGCAACAGUACAAUCUUGAGGGCUGUUACGGCACACUUGCAGAACUUAUUGACGUACCUCAGCAUCAUACGGCAAUUGAAGUCACUGCAGGGGCAUCCCUCUUUCACUAUGUGGUUGAUAACGACGAAACUGCCAGCAGGGUCAUGGAGAUACUGAAUACUGAGCGUGCGGGACGCAUCACGUUCAUGCCAUUGAACCGCCUGAAGCCUAAAAUGGCCAAUUUCCCAAAUGCGCAGGACGCCCGACCACUAAUGUCUCUCAUCAAUUAUGACCCAAAGUUCGAAAAGGCAGUACAACAAGUUUUUGGGAAAGCAAUCAUUGCUCAAAAUCUCAGCAUUGCGGCUCAAUAUGCUCGAACUCAUGGGCUGACUGCAGUAACCCCGGAAGGUGACAGGUCUGACAAGAAAGGCGCUUUGACUGGCGGGUACCAUGAUGUACGUGCUUCUCGACUCAAAGCAACGAAAGCUGUAACUUCGGCCCGCGAGAAGUUUGAGGAAAUUCGGGCAGAGAGUAAUGAGAACAAGCGGAAGAUUGAGAAAAUUGACCAAACAAUCACCAUAUCGGUAGGAGAUGUCCAAAAGUUGGAGCAGAAAAAGAAUCAGAGCCAAGGAUACCAGAGAUUGCAACGACAAGAACUCAGAAAUCAAGUCGAUAUGCUUCAGCGAAAGAAGGAUGACCUAGAUGCAAAGAAGAAACAAGAAGCUACCAUUGCAUCCAAUGUGAAAGCCCUGAGCGACCAACAAACUGCAUACCAAUCAGAAUUGUCCUCAGACUUUAAGAAAGCCCUGACGGCAGCAGAGGAAUCUCAACUGGAGAAUUUAACAGCAAGUAUUCAGGCCUUGAGACUUGAAUAUAAUGACCUCUCCGCAUCACGAGCAGACAUCGAAACCAAAAAGGCGAACCUCGAAGUCAGAUUGAAUUCGAGCCUGCGACCACAGCUGGCAGCCCUCGAGACCGAUGAGGGAGACUCCGAAACAACCACAUCCACAACUCUGCGAAUCAAACGUGCUGAAUUGGCGCGUCUAACUGAAGAUUUGGGUUCCAUCCAGCGAAACCUGAACAAUCUCGACGAGCGAUUAGAGACAUCUGCAAGCGAAGUCGCUGAACUCGAGGCACAAGCUGCUGAGACCCGCAGACAACAAGAAGAAUUGGCAAAAGCGAUUGAGCGGCAUCAGCGUCGACUUGAAAAAUCUGUGCAAAAGAAAGCCGCUCUACUGGCCUCAAAACAAGAGGUCUUGGAGAACAUUCGCGAGCUGGGUGCAAUACCAGAAGAAUCGAGGACAAAAUAUCGUUCCAUGGACUCUAAUACAAUUGUGAAACGACUCCAGAAAGUGAAAGAGUCGUUGAAGAAGUAUAGCUCUGUCAACAAGCACGCUUUCGAACAUUACCGAAAAUCGACAAAGCAGAGGGAGGAACUCGACGCUCGGAGAAAGGAUCUCGAAGCGGCCAAGACGUCCAUCCAGAAUUUGAUCGAGGUCCUUGACCAGAGAAAAGACGAGGCUAUUGAACGAACUUUCAAACAAGUCAGUAAAGCGUUUGCGGAAGUCUUCCAUAAACUAGUUCCAGCAGGCAGAGGGAGACUGAUCAUUCAACGGAAAACCGACGCGCGUCAAGCAGAUGAUGAAGAGUCUGACGAGGAGCCCGUCAAUAAACGUAGUGUCGAGAACUAUACUGGUGUCGGAAUCAGUGUGAGCUUUAACAGCAAGCAUGAUGACCAACAGCGCAUUCAGCAACUCAGUGGUGGACAGAAGAGUUUGUGCAGCCUAGCACUCAUUUUCGCCAUUCAAGCGACAGAUCCAGCACCAUUCUACAUUUUCGAUGAAAUCGAUGCAAACCUUGACGCUCAAUAUCGUACCGCUGUUGCCGACCAUCUCAUGUACCUAGCGAAUAAGGUUGACGAAGAAGAAGUGACUGGUGAUGAUCGACCAUCUAGCGGCCAGUUCAUCUGCACAACUUUCAGACCGGAAAUGCUGAGGGUUGCUGACAAAGUCUAUGGAGUAACAUUUGCGAAUAACGUCUCUAGUAUCCGCGUCGAAUCAAUUGAAAACGCCUUGGAUUUUGUGGAGAGCCAAACCCAGUGA